AUGAAUCCAAAGAAAUACCCCUUGUUCAAGUCAGAGGUAUCAUUCUUGGGACAUGUUGUCUGCAGGGAAGAUGUGAAGACUGACCCACUCAAAGUUGCCACAAUCGAGGGGUGGCCAGUUCCUCAAAAUGUCUCAGAGCUCCGCAGUUUUCUGGGCUUGUGCACAUAUUACCAGAGGUUUGUGGCUGGGUUCACCACCGUCACUGCCCCACUGCAUCACUUGACAAGGAAGGGAGCAUCCUAUCAGUGGACCAAGGAGUGCCAGCAGGCUUUUCUGGCACUGAAGGGAGCACUGGUGGCAGCACCAGUGCUUCCCUACCCUCAGCCUGGCCUGCCAGACAUUGUGGAUAUAGAUGUGAGCUAA